ACUCCACAGCCACUUCUCAACUCGUGCCACCGUACACAGCAUAGACUGGAGGUGUUCUGGAUUCCGUGGCAUAUCAGUUAGUGCCGCCAAGUCGUGGUGUCCGUUUGGAAAAAUUUUUAAAGGCUCUCAAGCCAGUAAACGGGCACAGCCAAUACCAAGCGGUAGCCACCAAGCACUUGUCCAAGUGGUCAAUAAGAGGAAAAUCACUUCAACGGACAGAUUCAGUCGCUCUCACUUAUUCAACAUAAACGGAUCGAGAGACAAUUGAGAUCGAAAGUGAACAAUGGUAGUUAACUCGGGAAAUCUUCAGGUGUCAAGUGGCAAAACAGCUGGUGGUCUGACCCUAGAUGGGUCAAAAUGUGACAAUAAUGACAAAAACACCCAAAAUUGUGCAAUAGCAUUGGAUGAUGCAGAAGAAGAGGAUAACAAUUCAGAUGUUAUAUCGGAUUUAACAGGACACAUUGGGAAAUGGCAAUUGAUUUGGGCAAUUGUUCUGUCCCUCUUUCAAUUUCCCUCAACAUUUCACCUCUUUUCAUUUGUCUUUGAGGGAGCCCAUAAAGACUUCUGGUGUGCUGCUCCUGAUCACCUCAAAUCCAUCCCUACUGCCGUGUGGCGCAAUUUAACUCAACCUAAAAAUGGAUGCAGUAUUAUUGACAUUAACUUCAAUAAUAUUUUAGAGGAAAAUUUUACAACAGCCCUUAGUGAUACUUCCAACUUUACAUUAACUAAGUGCAUAAAUUUUGAAUAUGAUAUGGAUUUAAUCGGAAAAACUGUUAUUUCGGAAUGGCAAUUAAUCUGUGACAGAGAUGGUAUGGUAAGCAUUGUUGAGAUGUGCUUUUUGGCGGGAGCAGCAGUUGGCAGUGUUUGCAGUGGAUGGAUUUCUGAUCAAUUUGGGCGCAGGAUUACAUUAAUGUCCUUCGCCACUGUACAAUGCUGUGUCGGGAUUUUGCUUGCCUUUGCCUCAUCACUGUCCACCUUCAUGGUCCUGCGGUUUAUCAGUGGCGUUUCCUCCAUGGCGGUAUUGGUCGUCAGCUUUGUCCUUGUAGUGGAAUUGGUAUCGGGAAAAUAUCGCACAAUUCUUGGUAUCCUCAACCUCUUGCCACUGUCGAUUACAUACAUGAUAAUCUCUGGGAUUGCCUAUGUAGCUCGCGACUGGAGAACUAUUCAGCUUAUUGGCUCAAUUCCAUGCUUCCUCCUUCUUGUGCUAUGGCUUAAUGUUCCCGAAUCACCAAGAUGGUUGCUUGCAAGAGGUCGAACGGAGGAACUAAAAGAGAUUAUCAAUCGAAUUGCUGCGAGGAAUAAAAUCACCCUCCCGGACAACUAUGAAAAAUUGCUGAUUUCACCCUCUGAUACGGAUACUACAGUUUCAAUAUUGGACUUAUUCAGGGGAAAACUGCUCAGGACCACUCUUUUGAUGACGGUGAUUUGGUUCUCACUCGUCCUCCUAUACUUCGGCAUUACUCUACAUAUGAAUAAUUUGGGUGGAAAUAUCUACAUAAAUACUAUUCUAGCUGGUGCAGUUGAGGGUAUUGCCAUUAUAUGCAGCAUCCUUGUCGUCCUCAAAUUAGGAAUCCGAAUUAAUCUAGUUAUAUACAUGCUUGUCGCCGGAUUAGCCUGCCUCAUGGUAAAUUUCGUCCCAGAUGGCAAUUUGUGGAUGAUAAUCACUUUAGUUAUGAUAGGAAAGUGCACAAUUGGAGCAACAAAUGCCAUCAUUCAAACAUUCACGGCAUACCAAUAUCCAACUAUGCUGAGAAAUUUGGGUGUGGGAGCAGGAAAUUUUGCUGCUGGUGUAGCUUUAAUUGUUGUACCAUAUCUCUGGUUAAUGGACCGCAUUCAAGUUUUUCUACCAAUGACAAUUAUGGGAGGAUUCGGAAUUAUUGGUGCUAUUGCCCUUAUGCUGUUACAUGAUAAAUCCCCAAAAACGAAGAAACAGCAGAGAGUCAAGAAAGAGUGCCUUCCGGAGCAUCUUAGAGUUCCCACUGCAUUUGAAAAUUCAGCAUACAAACACACAGAAUCUUGAUCAUUCAUCUUUUAGGCACAUGUAUCAUUUCACAUCUUGCGCAAUUCUUCUGUUAAAAUUAAAACCAUUUCACCCAAUUGUAUUUAAUAACCUAGACACCUAAGAUAUGAUAAGUUAUAUUUACAGUCCAUUGUUGUACAUUACUACAGUGAAUAUUUUAUUCUUUUGUCAAAACUGUUUAUUCUUUAUGCAAUAAUACUUAUUAUGUAUAUCGUACUCCCACAACGUACGCGCAUGCAGUAUUCUUUUGAUCUACUUAUCAUUUUUAGUAGGUCUGAUUUUGUAUGCAUUCAUCUUCAAAUACAAUAAAACCACCAUACUCGUAGGAGUAAUUUUCAUCUCAAUAUUUAUACGUAUGUAAUAUUUAAUUAUAAUUGUAAUAUUUGGUAAAUUAAAAAAAAUAUCUGAAAAAUAAA